AGAUCUAAAGCUUCCAUCAAUGUUCAUCAAAGCAUAACAACAAGCCCUAGGUGCGAAAAUAGCUAUAAGCAAUUAAAGAAGUGCAGAGAGAAAGCCAGAGAGAGCUAGCUAUAAGCAAAAAUGGUGACUGCUGCAUCCAUUGGUUCAAGAGUUGAGAGUUUGUCCAGCAGCGGGAUCUCGACGAUCCCAAAGGAGUACGUGAGACCGAAAGAAGAGCUCAUUAACAUCGGUGACAUCUUCGAGGAUGAGAAGAGCACCGAAGGGCCUCAAGUACCUACCAUUGAUUUGAAGGAAAUAGACUCCGAGGACAUCAAGGUGAGGGAGACAUGUAGGGAGGAGUUGAAAAAAGCAGCCAUCGACUGGGGUGUCAUGCACCUUGUCAACCAUGGCAUCUCCGACGAGCUCAUGGAACGGGUCAAGAAGGCCGGACAAGCCUUCUUUGAUCUUCCCAUUGAGCACAAGGAGAAGUAUGCCAAUGACCAGGCCUCGGGCAAAAUUCAAGGCUACGGAAGCAAGCUUGCAAACAAUGCUUCCGGGCAACUUGAGUGGGAGGACUAUUUUUUCCACUGUGUAUAUCCUGAGGACAAGCGCGACUUGUCCAUUUGGCCUCAAACACCUUCCGAUUAUAUUGUGGCAACAAGCGAGUACGCCAAGGAACUGAGGGGGCUAGCAACCAAGAUACUGACCGUACUCUCACUUGGCUUGGGAUUAGAAGAAGGGAGGCUGGAGAAGGAGGUCGGUGGACUCGAAGAACUCGUCCUGCAAAUGAAAAUCAAUUACUACCCAAAAUGCCCUCAGCCGGAACUUGCCCUCGGCGUGGAAGCCCACACCGACAUAAGUGCACUCACCUUCAUCCUCCACAACAUGGUUCCCGGCCUGCAGCUCUUCUACGGCGGCAAAUGGGUGACAGCGAAAUGCGUGCCCAACUCCAUCGUCAUGCACAUCGGCGACACCUUGGAGAUUCUGAGCAACGGCAAGUACAAGAGCAUUCUUCACAGGGGGCUCGUCAACAAGGAGAAGGUGAGGAUCUCGUGGGCGGUUUUCUGUGAGCCACCCAAGGAGAAGAUCAUCCUCAAGCCGCUGCCGGAGACUGUCUCCGAGGAGGAACAGGCGAUCUUCCCACCGCGGACUUUCUCCGAGCAUAUCCAGCACAAGUUGUUCAGGCAGAGCCAGGAAGCUCUCGCCUCUACCAAAGAAGCUGCCAUCUCUACUAGUAAUGGAGCUGCUCAUAUCUCCACUAAAGAAGCUGCUUAAUUAAUCAAGUCUUGUUUCAUUAUUUGGAUGAAUUAAUUAAUUUAGUAUGAUGUUAUUGUUGCAUCUAAGUAUUUGUUUACUUUGGAGUUGAAGACGAUGUUGUGGGAGACUAGCUAUAUAUUACUGUGUUUUUUCCGUUUGUCAAUCGAUUGGCUACCAGCAUAAUUAUGAAUAA